AUGACGACACUCUAUCCUGCGAUGAAUCAGCCGGCUGUGCCAAAAGGCCAGUCUAAUUGUCUAUACAACAUCCCUCUGUUGGAAAACGAGGGCAGCAACUUCCAGCAAUGGAAGUAUCGUGUUGGAUGGGUCUUGCGAAUCCACGGACUCUAUCUGCUGAUAGAUGGCACUGAGAAGGAUCCUGGGACAACCAACCUUGUCUUGCAGGAAGCCUGGUGUUUGCGGAACUAUGAAGCGCUCACACAAAUUACGCUGAUGCUCAAGGACAAACCGCUUUCAUCGGUCAUGCACAUGGAGAUCACGAAGGACACUUGGGACACGCUCAACAGGCGCUACAAGGGAGUCAGAAAACAGACAAUUGCUUACCUCGUAAGUGACCUGUUUCAAGGCAUGCUCAAUGAUGAGAUAGCACUCGAGGACCAGCUCAAUGCCAUGCUGCAAAAGAGCCAAAUUCUCACGUCUCUCGGACUCAUCCUUGACAAGUCAUUCAUAGCAGUUGCCAUGACAGCAAACUCGACACCGAGAAGGUGA